AUGCGUUUCGGCGGAUCAUCCAGACGUAUGCACUACCGACCGGACGUUGGAAACCUGCAACAUCCUGCGACGUUAGCCAAGUACCAGGCUACUCUUUCAACACUGUUUGCUUCAUCUUCUGACGAUGGUCGGAAUUCGCAAUGGAUGCGCAUCAAAGACUGCCAGUACUGUCAGUUGUGGAAUUGCUUGUCACCCGCUGAAAAGCUGGAUCAUCACUACCUCCUUGUCGCUGAUAGACACCGCUUGAUCCCAACCGACACCAGCUAUAGUAAUGAACGCCGAUUCCUGGAUCGAGCGUUACGUAUGAGUUUACAGAAGGACCGUGAGACCUGGUGGUGUGAACGUGUUAGAGAGAUGAAACUUGCUAAUCUCUCUGAUAACACCAGAAAACGGUUGCACCUCAUCCGAGUCACCAAGGCUUCCGAUCUGAAGUAA